UCCGUCGCGCUUCGGGGCGGUGUCGAGAUGGACGCUUCGCGGGCCCGGGAGCAGCUCCGCAGGCGGUUCCUGCUCCCGCCGGACGCCGAGUGCUCCCUGGAUGGCGAGGGCGACUCCGGGCCGGAAACCUCUACAGCUGUUGAGAAAAAGCAGAAAGCUCUUCCAAGACUUAAUAUCCACUCUGGAUUCUGGAUUUUGGCAUCUAUUGCUGUGACCUAUUAUGUUGAUUUCUUUAAAAUCCUUAAAGAAAACUUUCACACGAGUAGUUGGUUUCUCUUUGGAGGUGCCUUGUUGCUUGUCAGUUUACUGAUUGCAUUUUACUGCAUAGUGUAUCUGGAAUGGUAUCGUGGGAUUGGGGAAUAUGAUGUCAAGUAUCCAAUGUUGAUACCCAUUACAACUGCUACGUUUAUUGCAGCAGGAAUUUGCUUCAACAUUGCUUUAUGGCAUGUGUGGUCAUUUUUCACUCCAUUGCUGUUGUUUACUCAAUUUAUGGGGGUUGUAAUGUUUAUCUCACUCCUUGGAUGAUCUGAAGAGAUGGUGCGCUUGCUGUGUUGCCCAGGCUGGCCUUGAACUCCUUCCUCAGUCUCCCAAAUAGCUGGGACCACAGGCACGUGCAAGUGUGCCUAGCUGGAUGUAUAAAUUUAAAGUGAAUGAUUAAACAUCUGCCUAGCCGAAAGCAUCACAGAUAGAUAAUGGAAAAGCUGCAAUGCGUUUUUACACCUAGGAAGUGGGGGGUUUCCUGGGAAAAAAUGUGACUUUGUAGAUCUGUUGUUGACAUCAGAAUAAAUUAUAAUUCAUUUGGAUAUUCUUAAA